CAUCGCCGCCCCGACGUCCUGAUUUCCAACUUCAACAACUACACCUUUGAUUCUGUGGGAGCUCCCCCUUAAGGCCACUAUGUCCGCCUCCCCUACAAUCAACAUCGAGUCUGCUGAGCAGUUCAAUCAACUGCUCAGCAGCACCAAAGUCGUCAUUGCAGACUUCUAUGCCGACUGGUGCGAACCAUGCAAAGCCAUUGCGCCUGUCUUCGAAGGGCUCUCUGCCCGAAUGUCCAGGGCCAACCUCAUCGCCUUCCUCAAGAUCAACACCGAGGCACAGCAACAAAUCGCCUCCGCCUACGCAAUAUCAAGCAUCCCCACCUUCAUCGUGUUUCGAGAUGGCAAAGUGGCCGAGAGGGUCCAGGGUGCUGACCCCACGAGGCUGAAGGCCCUCGUCCACAGGUUAUGGCAAGAAGCAAAAGCCGCUGUGCUUGAAAGCCGCAACGAUGGCAGUGACCCCGCCGCCGGCAGCAGCAGCGGCGGUGGGGGCGGCGGUGGCGCCUCGGCCCUGGAAUGGCGUGGCGCGGUAUUGCCGCGUGGUUACACGGACGUCACGGAUCAGAUUGAGUUGCCAAGGACCGAGCUGCUCAACUUUGACGAGGAGUUCGGCAACGUGCGCGUGCUGCUCGACCCGAGCAAGCCGGGCGCGCUGAGCGGUGGCAAGAAGAAGGACAAGGACUGGGUCGUGAGCGACACGGAUGAGCAGCUGCUCCUUUUCACUCCGUUCAUGUCCAUGUUGAAACUGCACACACUUCAAAUUACAUCGGUUCAGGACGAGGACGAGGAGGUUAUGCGGCCAAAGGUCCUCAAGCUGUUCACGAACCGACCCCACAACCUGGGAUUUGACGAUGCCGAGAGCGAGACCCCGACGCAGCUGAUCGAGCUGACCGAGAGCGACUGGAAUGCUGACAGCACGGCCAACAUCCCGCUGCGGUUCGUCAAGUUCCAGAACAUCAACAGCCUGGUCAUAUUUGUGGAGUCUGGAGAAGGAGAGGGCGAGAAGACCCGCAUAGACCGCAUCCGCGUGAUCGGUGAGACUGGCGAGAAGCGGGACAUGGGCAAGCUGGAGAAGAUCGGUGAAGAUUCUGGUGCCUAGGAGGCUACGAAUAACAUCACUCCUGACCUCGGGCCUGAUGUAUCUUGAUGGAGGUUGUGUCUACCAUCUCUCCUCUGACGAAUGGUGGCUAAGUGAAGCAUUGCGAGCCUGUGUGGAACGAAGGGGAAUGAGAUACCCAGCACGAGGAUCUGCAAUGACAUUGUUUGUAGCGACGGAUUCAUGUCUUGGCGCGGAGCUCAUGAGGUCUACUACUACUGCUACCUAGACGGGCGCAUGGAUAGACGAGAGUCCAAUCCAAAGAGAAAGAACAAAGAUGGGAGAAAAACUCCGCUGUCUCUCCU